CUCUUUUCCUUUUUUUUUUCUCCCUCCUUCUCUCACGUAUUUUUUUUCCAAGAAAUAUCGCGUUAUCAUUUAAACGCACUUUUAUUGACUUGACAAGUAUGGAAGUAUGCAGACACCAAAUACAAUAUAAUGGUUUAUGCGCCAUUUGUGGCUCUUUAUUGGACAUAAAUCCAGAGGAUCCAGCAGGAGUGACAAAAAGUUAUGCAAACAGUAAAUUUGAUGUAGGAUAUGAUACAGUGGGUUUGACUGUCAGCCGAGAAGAAGCAGAAAGAUUAGAAGCAGAAAAUGCUAAAAGACUACUUCAAUCUCGGAAAUUAUCAUUGAUUCUCGACUUGGAUCAAACGAUAUUACACGCAUCGUGGGAUCAAAAUUUAACUAAAUACAAAGAUGCUGAUAUACGUCAAUUUGUAUUACCAAAAAGCGAUAUUGUAUAUUACAUCAAAUUAAGACCUGGGUUAGAGCAAUUUCUCAAACAAGUGGACGAGCUGUAUGAACUUCAUAUUUAUACGAUGGGAACAAGAGAUUACGCAGAAGCAGUAGCCAAAGAAAUAGAUCCAAAUGGCUCUAUUUUCAAGGAGAGAAUUUUAUCAAGAGAUGAAAGCGGAAGUGUUACACAAAAGAAACUACAACGACUAUUCCCGUGUGAUACAUCCAUGGUAGUUGUGCUGGAUGAUCGUUCAGAUGUUUGGAGUUUUGCACCUAAUCUCAUUCGUAUAAAACCAUACGAAUUUUUUGUGGGCACAGGGGAUAUUAAUAACGUCAGUAAUGGUGCUUCUAAAGAGAACAUUACACAAGCGGUGGCUGAAAAAAACGACGAUCUCUUAAAAGAUGAUGAUAGUGAGCUUAUGACUAUACUAGAGAUUCUUAAAGAGGUUCACCGAGAAUUCUAUUCUAGACCUAUUCAAGAUAAAGAAACAGAUGUUACGCAUAUUAUACCCAAGAUGAAAAAGCGAGUUUUGGCCGAAAUCAAGAUUACCUUUUCAGAUAAAAUACUUUCUUCCCAACAUAUCAAGGAUCCAAGUUUAUCCUGGAUUUGGCAAAUGGCCACUUCUUUCGGAGCUACAUGCUCAGUUGACUUAACUGGUAAAACUACCCAUCUAAUUGCUAUUAAUACAAGCAAGAGCAAAGUAAAAGCAGCAAGAGAAUAUGGCCAUAAUAUCCAUAUUGUUACUCCUGCUUGGUUAUUGGACAGUACAGCAAGAUGGAAAACUCAGCCUGAAGAAAAUUAUGCAUUGCCAGAGAUAGAUGUAGAACAUCCAGAACAAAUUUUACUUGAUUUAGAAUCCCUUAGUAGUGAAAUGACUACACCACGAAAAGAAAAGGAAGAAGAGGAGGAGGAGGAGGAAGAUUUGAUAGAAAACAUCAAUUGGGAUGAAGCUAACCGAGAAGUGGAAGAGUUUAUUAACGAAAGUGGGAUCGAUGACGUCUGGGGAGACACAGACUCGGAUACUGUAGAUAGUCCUUUACCUACACAACCAACAUGGAAACGAAAGCGAGAGAGUGGCGGAGAAAGUGGCGGAGAUGGGUCUGAAGAUGAUGAGACCACUUCCACUGGUGGUAGUCUGUUGGCAAGAAGAAGAUUAAAGGCUUCUAGAAGAGGCAAAUCUCAUUUAUCAAAAGUAACAACUGCACCGAGUUCACAAUGCACAAGCGGGAAUACAUCUGACAAUGAAGAUAGUUCACUAGAUGCCUUUGUGGGUAUUCUCGAUCGAGAAUUGGAAUAAAUAAAUUUAAUAAAAAAAAACUAUAAAAAGCCAUG